AUGAGUGUCCUCCUCGAAACCUCGGCCGGCGACAUCGUCAUCGACCUUUUCGUAGACUACUCACCCAAGCUUUGCGAAAACUUCCUAAAGCUGUGCAAGAUCAAAUACUACAACUUUUCGCCCGUACACAGCGUUCAAAAGAACUUCUCCUUCCAGACCGGCGAUCCCCUCGGCCCUGACUCGAACGAAAGCGAUGGUGGAUCCUCAAUAUGGGGUGUUAUCAACGGACCUUCGAAACGAACAUUUACGGCGGGUUUUCACCCGAAGCUGAAACAUGUGGAGAGAGGGACAGUGAGCAUGGCUACAGCUGUGUCACCCAGAGACCCCGAUGAGAGGCUUGCAGGCAGUCAGUUCAUAAUUACGCUGGGUGAUAAUAUGGAUUACUUAGAUGGGAAGGUGGCCAUUUUUGGAAAGGUUGUGGAAGGAUUUGAUGCAUUGGAGAAGAUAAAUGAUGCCUUUUGUGAUGAGAAGGGACGGCCUUUGGUGGACAUCCGGAUUAAGCAUACCGUCGUUCUGGAUGACCCUUACGAUGACCCGCCUGGUCUUGCCGAACCUCCAGAGAGUCCACUACCUUCCAAGGCUCAACUUGCUACAGUCAGGAUCGGGGAAGAUGACAAGUUGGACGAUGAAGCAGAUGCGGAGGCUGUGGAGAAGCAACGACGGGAACGGGAGGCAAGAGCUCAAGCUUUGACAUUGGAAAUGGUGGGCGACCUACCCUUUGCAGAAGUCAAGCCACCGGAGAACGUCCUGUUUGUCUGCAAGCUCAACCCUGUCACUACUGACGAAGACCUCGAACUCAUAUUCUCCCGCUUCGGCAAAAUCCUCUCCUGCGAAGUCAUCCGUGACAAGCGCACUGGAGACUCCCUGCAAUACGCAUUCAUCGAAUACGAAGACCAAGCUUCCUGCGAACAAGCGUAUUUUAAGAUGCAAGGUGUGCUGAUCGACGAUCACCGAAUCCAUGUCGAUUUCUCGCAAAGUGUGUCGAAGCUGUCGGAUACUUGGCGCACGGCGACGAAUUCGAAGCGGAGGAACGGCGGUGGUGGGUUUGGCGGUGUGAGUGGGCUGGAAAAGAAGAGACAGUAUAAGAGUGAGACGGAAGGUAGGGGCAGGGAGAGGAGGGAUAGGUAUGGGAUGAUCAUAGAUGAAGAGGAGUUGAGGAGGCGCCAUGAGAGGGAAGGGAAGAUGAGCGGAGAGAGGGACAGAGAGAGGAGUAGGAGUCCAUAUAAGGAAAAAGACAGAAAGCCUUAUGAUUCAAGGGACGAGAGAAGAGGACGAGGUGAUGGGCGUUAUAGGGACGGAAGGGAUAAGGACCGACAUGAUGAUAGAGAUAGGAGAGGUGGAAGGGGUGACUAUUACAGACGGUGA